UAUGCAUUCCUCAGCUACGACACACAUUGCGCAUGCGUUACAAGGACAGGUAUUCAAAUGUCGGUUGGGUUGGCGUGAACAGCUCCAACAUGUGGUAUCAGGUGCUAGUGGUGUCUGCAGUGACGUUAACCUGUGUUCACUCUCAGACCCCUGUCCCAUCAGGCAAUGACCCCAAUAAUAUCGCUAAUAUAUUGAAAAGUGCAAUGCUCAGGAGGCCACCAACAUAUUUUGUGGUCUCCCCUCGCCAAGUCCGUCCUGGUCAGAAUGUCCAGGUCAGUGCCACUGCCCUUAGACUGGACUAUGGUGACCUCAACAUUCGUGUCUCUAUACGACGAGAGCUAGAGGAAGUGGCCUACGCUUCAGAAACUUUUGAUAGAGUAGAUACAAGAAUAAUGCAGAUGUUGGUUCCCACAAAUGCUGUGCCUGGCAAUUACACCAUGAGAGUGGAGGGGACAGUGGCUGGGGGAGCAGGGGGAUUUCUCUUUGAGAAUGAAACUGAAAUCCUCUUUGAUCCUAAACAGUUGUCUAUUUUCAUCCAAACCAACAGACCCGUAUAUUUCCAGACACAGACAGUUCGAUUUCGUGUCAUUCCUGUUGGAGCAGAUUUGAAAUCUGCAUCUGCAACUGUAGACAUUUAUGUAGUGGAUUCCACUGGAACAGUUGUACGCAGGUGGUUGUCCCAGCAACCAAGAGCAGGAAUAUUGAGUAUGGAAUUUGAACUCUCCGAUCAGCCUCAUUUUGGGACAUGGACAAUACGAGUACAUGCAUAUGGACAUGACUAUGAGAAACAGAUAGAGGUGGAAGAAAACUACCGUGUGGACUCUAGGGUAUAUGUCGAUGUGAUGAUGCCGCCAUACAUCUUUGAGAACAGUUUUGGACUAGCUGGAAUUGUGUCUGCAAAUCAUUCCAGUGGAGUGGCCGUGAAGGGCCAUGGGGUGAUCAGAUUACAGGUCAGAAACCCGUACAGAGAGGAUGAUUUCAGCAACAUCCCCACUAUUGAGAGGACCAUGAAAUAUUUUGAUGGGUCUUCGAGUUUCCUCUUCACCAUGUAUGAAAUCGAGCAGAUCACAGCAGCCACAUCAGCAACAGGUGGCCUCACUGAUAAAGAACUGGUUGUUGAAGCCAUCAUAACAGACUGGUUCUACGAAGAGAACUACACCCUCUCGGCCACUGCCACCGUGGUGGAGGACACAGUCAGACUACAGUGGAUUGGGGACAGGACGAGAACCUUUAAACCUGAGAUGAAUUUCACUGUACAUGUUGCAGCCAUGAAGUAUGACGGUACACCUAUCACGACACCAGGUCGAAGAAAUGUCACAUUUGAGAUGAAGACCCAGGCCAUGGGGGCCUACUCCCUCCCUGAUCGUAAAGAAACACUUCAAGUGCCAGAUAAUGGCAUUGUAAGCUUUGAGAUACACCCCCAUGUGGAUGCGGAACUGAUUACAUUAUUUGCCGAGUAUGAGGAUGAUGACCGCACUAGGAUAGAACUGAAUGCCUUCAGAACAUACUCCCCCAUGUGGAAAUAUCUCAAGAUUGUUGCUCAAACUGUCGAUCCCAAGGUCAACGAGUACAUGAUCUUCAAGGUGUCCACCAAUGCCUGGGUUGACAAGAUUUACUAUCAGAUUGUUGCUCAAGGCAAUAUCAUUGUAGCUGAUGAACUGCCCAUGAUGGCACGACAGAAGACAUUCUCCGUGGCCCUGUCACAGAACAUGGCUCCCAACGCCCGUAUUGUGGCCUACUAUAUCAGGACAGACGGAGAGGUGGUGGCUGACAGCUUGAACUUCCACGUCAAUGGAUCUUGGCAGGAUAAUGUAAAACUAAGAUUCUACCAAGGCAAGGAUUUCAGUCUGGACAAGGUAGAGGUACAAGCCACAGGGGAGGCUGGUUCCAUUAUGGCCUUCUCUGCAGUACCAUAUAGAAUUGACCGUCUGGGAGGAGGAAAUGACAUCAAUGAGGACCUGAUGUUGAAUGAAAUGUACAGCUACGACACCUUUGCUAACAGCAGUUUCAAGCAAACCUGGAAUAUCGGCAGCUUUAGGACACGCUCCAACUACUUUGCCUCCCCAACCUACGCUGUGGACGCCAACACAACAUUUACUUUUGCUGGUCUGGUUGUCUUCACAGAUGCUAACGUGACAACUGUGCCAAACCAGUGUAAUGUCACCCAGGGCACCUUGCCCUGCUUUGACGGCACCUGCUACACCAUAGAUCAGAGGUGCAACAAGGUCAAGGACUGCAGGGCUAACGAGGAUGAAAUGAAUUGUGAGUACGACUGGGAACAGCCUGGCCAACCUCUCAGGUAUAACACCUCAGCUCUGGACAAGAUUGGCCGCAAUGACCGCUACUAUGAAGACGACUCCUGGCUUUGGUUAGAGUACUUUACCAAACCAGAUGGUAAAGUCCAGUUGAAGGUGGAGCCCCCAGACCAGCCUGUGAAGUGGAUUGUCAGUGCCUUCUCCAUCACUAAGGAGGGCUACCUGGGAAUCAUGCCUGUCCCUAUAGAGUAUGUGGCAACUCGUCAUUUCUACAUCACUGUGGAAACGCCUCCAUACAAGUUGGUCCGAGGAGAACAAGUUGGUAUCCGUGUGGCCGUGUUCAACUACUACACAGACUAUUUGGAGGUAUUGGUGACACUUAAGGGAUCUGAUGACAUUAGGUUUGUCAAUGUAGAGAAGAUGGGCCGUGUAUCGUCCUACAAUCCCAGGCUGUCCUCAGGAGAUGUUCAGGCUUUUGUAUAUUUGUACCCAGGCCAGAAUGAGUAUAUCUUCUUCCCUGUUCUACCUCUCAACAUGGGGCAGACGGAUGUUACGUUCACAGCGGAGUGUGUCCUAGGACGUGACACGGAGACGGUCACACUGGACGUAGAGAUGGAUGGUGUGACCAAGUACUGGCAUGCCCCGUACUUUGUAGAUCUGUCCAACCAGGCUGCUGUCAGUGUGCCUGAUUUCCAGAUCCCCGUGCCGCAGGUGUUCUCUCCUCCAGAGGUCCGCUACCAUCUUUACGUACCAGGCUCUGCCAAGGCCACGCUCAGUGUUAUAGGUGAUAUUGUUGGUCCAGCCUUCUUUCAGAAAGGCCUGGACAGCAUGAACCUCCUCAGACUUCCCUAUGGAGCCUCAGAGAUGAACACGUUUAACUUUGCCUACAACCUGUACACCCUGAAGUUCCUGAAGAUCACGAGUCAGCUCAAGGAUGAUGUCAUGUUAGAUGCACUGGCCUACAUGAACUUGGCUCUCCAGCGCCAGAUGAGCUACUAUGACACAGAUAACGGCACAUUCUGGAUGUUCAGGGACCAGCAGGAAAGGCUGGGUGGAUACUAUGAGCCCAGCUUGUGGGCCACAGCAUUUGCCCUGCAGACCUUAGGAGCCGCCAAUGACGCUGAGUGGGAGAACUUCCUGUACAUCCCGUCUGAACUCCUCAGUAAGAUCGCCCUGUGGGUGUGCGAGCAGCAGAAUAAGACCACCGGCGCCUUCAACCAGACCAGCAAGUUUGUCUAUGAUUGGACCAUGAAGAGUAAUAUUACAGAGGGACGAUCCUGGGACAACAUUCCAACAUUUUACCGCCAGAAUAUUUCAUUGACAGCUUAUGUUCUGGUAGCACUCACAGACCUGGCUUCCUUAGAUGGGGAGGCUAUGAACCAGGUGAGAGCUAGCAUUACGCUGGCCAGAACCUACCUUGAGAGCAAGAUCCAGGAACUGAACGAUACGUUCCAGAUAGCCCUUGUGACCUACGCCCUCACCAAGGCAAACAGUGUGAAGAAGAACGAUGCAUAUGGCCGACUAAGGGACCUGAAGAUUGAAGAUGAUUUCAUAUACUGGGCAGACCGUAAGAUAGAACGGAACCCAACAGGAAUAACCAAUGCCAUUCCAACACAGAAAUGGCGAGAGUGGCGGGAAGGAGAGGCAUAUGCUGUGGCAACUACAUCCUACGCCCUCCUUGUGUAUCUGCUUAAUAACGACUUGACCCAAACUAAGGCCAUCAUGACAUGGUUGCAGACAAUGAGAAAUCACAAUGGUGGUUUUGCCUCAACACAGGACUCCAUCAUAGCCCUCCAAGCCCUGACAGAGUACUCUAGAAGCGACUACAAUCGCGACCUGUACAAGAUGAGGAUCAGCGUGGAGGCGCCAGCCAGCCCCGGGUGGUCGCACACUUUUACGCUGAACCAGUCCAACUGGAUGGUGCUCCAGACUGUAGAGAUCCCUGAAGUCUGGGGCAGUGUGAGAGUCCAGGCCCAGGGGACAGGGUUUGCUCUCGUCCAACUGGACACACAGGUCAACGUUGAGCAGGACUUCCUCCUCAGGAAGCCACCAGUAAAUUCCUUUGACCUUUGGAUUAAGAAUCUGACCCUGACUGGACGUAACUUCUCAAUGAUGGUCAUGGAGGCUUGUGCCAAAUGGAAACGCUUGGACAUUGGUCCAUCUAGUGGUCUGGCAGUAAUGGAGAUUUCACUGCCCUCUGGCUACUUUGCCAUGAAUGACUAUAUGUUUGCCUACGGAGAGUCUGGCAGCGUUGACAACUUGAGGAGGGCCAUGUACAAUGACAAGAGAGUGUACUUCUACUUUGAUUAUAUUAACAGCACAGUGGAUACUUGUAUCAGGUUUGAGGCGCGGCGCUGGUGGCCAGUAGCCAAUGUUACUAUUAACCAUAUGAUGAGGGUGUAUGACUACUAUAGGCCAGACGAGGUGGUCAACAAGACCAUGUACUCCACCUACCCGCUAUUCCAGCUCCACAUCUGCCAGGUGUGUGGGUCAUUCCAGUGUCCAUACUGUCCAUUCUUUAAUACGGCCACUGCCCUGGUCAAGACCAGCAUGACCCUACUCCUGGGCUGUAUAUCCACAUAUAUUAUCACAUCCAAGUUCUUCCUAUUGAGGUCCUGAUCGCAGUGAGAGGACUGUUCUUUUGUAUAUAAUUUUUUUUUUUUUGGCGUUGUUGAGUUUUUAGUACAGGCUUGGAAAUUUUUAUACUGUGUGUUGCAAGCGAGCGAGCACACUUGUACAAAGAAUGGAACAUAGAUGAAUAGCUUUGUAGCAGCUGAACUUUUCAGGGAGACAGGGACUUGUGAUUCUACCAAUGAAAAUGAAAAUUUUAAUCCAAACAAAAUAUGUAAUUUUUUUUGACUUAUGAAUAUAUUUUCAUAUAUUGUUUGGACUAAAUGUUAAUUAUACUUAUUAGCCCUGACCAAGAUUAGACAAUGUGUAAUAUUUUAUGAAGCAUUUUGUAAACUUCACUGAGACCAGUGUAUGUGAUAUCCAGAGAUGAAAUUAUAUAUAGCUGUCCAUGCAUUUUUUGAGGUCCUUUGUAUGCAGGGACCAAUAUGUAGAAAGUACAACUGCCAUAACUUCAUUUGUUCUACAACAUUCCCAUUGAACAUGGUUGUGAGGACUGACAGACAAAAAAAGUGGAAUCUUGAUAAGAUUUACCUGUACAGGGAAUUAAAAUGAUGGUUUAUCAUAGUAGGUGCUUCUGUAGUUCAGAUACAUAAAAUUGAUGACAAAGGUGGAUUAAUUAGUGUGCCUAUGUGAAUUGAAUUGAAAUUACAAUUUAGGAAAGUUUAACCUGAUUAUUGUGGCCAUUUUGAUGUUUGAAAUAGUUAGGGAUAUGUGUCCCAUGUUGAGAAAUUAGUAAUUAAUAAUUUUUUUUUGUUUGUACAUAUUGUGAUUAAAAUAUAAGUCCAAGGAAUCACAGAGGUACUUGUUAAAGGAAAAUUAAAAGUUUAAUCUUAGUAUAUACAUCUACUGAAUUAAAAUUCUAGAAGAUAGAAAAUAAAGAUUGGGCACAAUUCUUCUGCAUUGAAAUGUGCAGAAAUUAGUGGGAACAAGAACACAAUUAAAUCUGUAGAUUUUUUUUUAUCCGAUCCUUAUUGAAAUAUGUAAAUAUUUUUUCCAUAUUUUCUGCAUCAAAUGCAGCAUUUACUAGCACCAGAUGUGAAAAAAUGUCCUUUGAGUGGAUUUGUACAAAUGAGUGUACAGCUUUUGUCUGCAUAUGAUAUCAAAGAGGAUUUUGAAUUGUUUUGAAUUGAUUUUUAGAGUACCGCUUAGGAAAAUGACUUUUUCUCAUGGAUAAUCAGUAAGUCAAGUUGCCUUUAAAGAGGCUUGUGUAGGAGAAGCAUUAUUCUUAUUAGAUCUUACAUUUGGAGCACCCUUUUUUCGUAAUACAGUGCAGACAUUUUACCUGAAUCUUUUCAACUUGGUCUUUUAUAAAAUUAUAUGAAAUCUGUGUUUUUACAAAUUAAUGAUGUUUCUUAAAGAGUGUGUGCUAAUGACACUGUCACAUAUUGUAUUAUAUAUAUAAAUAUACAUAUAUAUACAACUUAACUCAGUAGAUAUUUUCUACAAACUUUGUAGUUUUUAUACUUUUACGCUUUAACGGGAACAUUAGAAACUGUUAUUAUAGUGAUUCAAAGUUUUAUAUAGUUAUCACAUGUAGCCUAUAUCUCUGUCGUAGAUUUUAAAUCUUGUAAAGCAAUAAGUGACAUUUACACAAUUUUCCAAACUGCGUGGUAUAGGAGAGCCAUAUUAUAAAUGAGAUUCCUCAGUUGAACCCUUGCUAUAGUAUUUUGUAUCCAAGGCCAAUCGCGCAUUUAAACUCGACGUCGCAAGAAUUGUGGAACCAAAAUUUGCAUCAUAUGAAAAAAUUGGGACUUUAAAAAAAAUAUUCUGCAUACACAAAACGCUUUGCUUCUGUUCUGUUGACAGUCUGUUAAGAACGGAGCAGGCAAUGAUUAGGUUGUGAUAAUGUUACACUACAAUAUAUAAAGAUAACAUUCCAAGAAGCAAUCUCAUCUCCGUAAACAAGGACAAGAUGACUGCGUAAGCUCAGUUGGAACUGCUAGGUAUUCUGUAGUAUAGAGGAACAUAUUGUACAUACUAGUGUAUGCUUCUUUAGAACGGAUAAUAAAAUUAUAACAUUGAAGAAUUUA